AUGCCGAAGUUCCACGAGCUCCGCCCGGACGAGGAAACGUUCGACGACUACCUGGAGCGCUUCCAGAUUUUUGUGCAAGUGAAUGCUGUGAAACCAGAGGAUGCAGCGGCAACGUUUUUGAACUUCCUCGGGACAAAUGCAUAUCGCACUCUUAAAGAAUUGCUGGUGCCCUCGCUUCCGAUUUCCAAGAGCUUGUCAGAAUUGACGUGUGUACUCAAGAACCACUUCUCGCCGGCCAAGUCUACCAUAGCGGAGCGGACGAAAUUCCACCGGAGGUACCAGAAGGACGGCGAAAGCCUGGCAGACUUUGUGAUUGCCCUCAAGAAGCUGGCCAUGACUUGUGACUUUGGUGAAUUCCUCGACACUGCUCUUCAAGACCGGUUCGUCGCUGGUUGCCUCGAUGCCGAGAUUCAGCGACCGCUUCUCGAGAUGGAUGGCAGUUCCAAAUUCGGGGACGUCUACAAGGUGGCACUGGCAAGGGAACUGGCUACAGAGCAGAGUAAAGAGCUGCAGAGACAGAGCGGUCCGGAUACCACCGACGUGCAUCGGUUGCGGGACAGACAAGACCAGGAACAGCAGCGACAGCCAGGAACUGUCUGCUCUCGAUGUGGUUCUUCUGCGCAUGAACCUUGUAAGUGUCCAUUUCUUAAAGCGAAGUGCUUCAAGUGCGGAAAAGAAGGACACAUCAAAAAAAUGUGCAGAGGAGAACAGACCAGGGGUAAGCCAAAGAGCUGGCCUAAUGUGGGUCCCGGAGACGUGUGCGUUGUGCGUUGUAACGUAGUCGCGGGGGCGCCACCGGUUACGACUACGUAG